AUGGCUCUGCCUACUCCCUAUGCUCCCAGUACCACGCACACCGUGCCCGCCCGCUCAUCCGUGGCCGUGCCUCUGUCGCCGUCGCAGAAACUGACCGUGACAAACACCCAUGGCAGCCAAGUGAUUGACUUCUGGGCAUUUCAGGUGCCUUCUUCGGACACAAAAGAGCUGACCACGUACCUGUCCAUGUCGCACACGCGGGCGUCGCUGCUCAGCCUAAGCCCCGUGGCGCCGUGCACGCUGACGACGAACCAGCGCACACCCAUCCUCAAGUUCACUGGCGACAGCUCGGGCUGUAUCCACGACACGUUGAUCCCGGCCUGUGACAUCCACCGAUACCACCAGCUGGGCGUCCCAUCCGAUCAAUACCACGCCAACUGUUCAGACAACCUCCGCACGGCCCUCUCCCGCGACGCGCCCGGCUACGCGCUCCCCCCGCCGUUCAACACGCCGACAUCCACCGUUCCAGACCCGCUGAACCUGUUCAUGAACAUCCCCGUGUCACCACCCCCGAAGCCGCUGCACGAGAGCAACCGGUCUGCCGGCGGGGAGCUGAGCUUCAAGCCGACGGUAUGCGAGAAAGGAGGCCAAGUCUCCUUCGAGGCGCUGGUUAGUUGCAUUGUUGUCAUGAGCUGUUGUCCACAGGACCUGGUGCCCGAGGUUAACGGCGGCGUGAUCCACGACUGUCAUUUCGUCGUCGAAGGGUAG